AUGGAUAGAAGCUUUGGAGCAUUGUAUAAUAAAUUAACAAAUUUAUUUCAUUCAAACACUUCAACGUCAUCCAAUACAUCAUCAAUACCUGAGAUAAGUUCAUCAUUACCAUUAUCAACAUUUUUUGAUCGUAUAGUUCCAAUGACAACAAACAGUUCAUCAAAUAAUCAACGACGUAGUGCAUCUCGAAUUUCUCGUCAAAUAUCAAUUAAAACAAGCGAUAAUCGAAUUUCUAAUACAAGUGAUUUAACAAAACAACAAAAUAAAAUUGAAGAACGAAAUAAUGAUCUACAACCUGAUCUUGUACGAAAUUCAUCUCAAGUUCAUUAUGAACCAAUAUCAUUGGUACCGGGAAUGGAUGAUGCAGAAUUUCGUCGUCGAGGAAAAGAAAUGGUUGAUUAUAUAGCUGAUUAUCUUAAACAUAUUAAUGAACGUCGUGUUACACCUGAAAUUGAACCAGGUUAUUUACGACCAAUGUUACCAAAAUAUGCACCAGAGAAAAGUGAAAAAUGGGAUGAUAUUAUGAAAGAUGUUGAACGAGCAAUUAUGCCUGGUAUAACACAUUGGCAACAUCCACGUUUUCAUGCUUAUUUUCCAGCUGGUAAUAGUUAUCCAUCAAUACUUGGUGAAAUGCUUUCAGCUGGUCUUGGAAUUGUUGGUUUCUCUUGGGCAGCAAGUCCAGCAUGUACUGAACUUGAAACAAUUAUGCUUGAUUGGAUUGGUCGUAUGAUGGCAUUACCUGUUGGUUUUCUUCCAUUUGAUCCGAAUCGUGAUAACAAAGAUAGUGAUGAUGAUGAUGAAGAUGAUGAAGAAUCAUGUUUAGAAAGUGAUGAAGAAUCAAGAGACGAUGAUUUACAUGAUUCGAUUAGUAAUGGAGAGAAUAAUCAUGGACAAAAGCAAACUCGACAUAUUGGUGGUGGUGUUCUUCUUGGUUCGGCAAGUGAAUGUAUUCUGGUUGCAAUGUUAGCUGCACGCACAAAGAAAAUAACUAGCAAACGUCAAGCAGAUCCAUUAAUGGAAGAUGGACAAAUUUUAGCUCGACUUGUAUGUUACACAUCAAAACUUGCACAUUCAUGUGUAGAAAAAGCAGGUUUAAUUGCUAUGGUUCGUGUUCGACAAUUAGCUGUUGAUGAACAUUUUUCAUUACGUGGCAAAACAUUAGAAGAAUGUAUUCGAGCUGAUAAAGAAAAAGGAUUAAUACCAUUUUUGGUUUCGGGUACAUUAGGAACAACAUCUUGUUGUUCAUAUGAUAAUCUAGAAGAAAUUGGUGAAAUAUGUCAACGUGAAAAACUUUGGUUUCAUGUUGAUGGUGCCUAUGCUGGUAGUGCUUGUAUUUGUGAAGAAUAUCGUUAUAUAAUGAAAGGUUUACAAUAUGCUGAUUCAUUUAACACAAAUCCAAAUAAAUGGUUAUUGAUGAAUUUUGAUUGUUCAUGUUUUUGGGUUCGAGAUAAAUUUGCGUUGAUUAAUGCAAUGUCUGUUGAUCCACUGUAUCUUCAACAUAAACAUGCACAAAAAGCAGUUGAUUAUCGUCAUUGGGGUGUUGCAUUAAGUCGUCGAUUUCGUUCACUUAAACUUUGGUUUACAAUUCGUAGUUAUGGUAUUGAAGGUCUUCGUCAUUACAUUCGAGAACAUUGUCGUUUAGCAAAAGUAUUCGAAUCAUUAAUAAGCACAGAUAGUCGCUUUGAAAUUAUUGGUGAUGUUACAUUAGGUCUUGUUUGUUUUCGUUUAAAGGGUAGUAAUAAAUUAAGUCAAAAGUUACUUUUAUCACUAAAUGAUUCGGGUCUUAUUCAUAUGGUUCCAUCCAUGGUUAAUGAUAUUUAUAUAAUUCGUUUUGCUGUUUGUGCUAAACAUACUAAUGAUGAGGAUAUGCAGAUAGCAUUUAGUAUAAUUCAAGAACAUGCCGAUGAUAUUCUUGCAGAAUAUCGUGCUCAGCGUGGUGGACGACAAUCAUCAUCAAAUGAUUCACUUGAUUUAGCAGCAAAACAGUCAGCUACUAUUAAUAACACUGAAUAUGAUACAACUAAAUCAGAUGAAACAAUUAAUUCUGAAGCAUUACCAGAAACAUCAGUUACUCCAAUAAAUUAUCCAGAAACAAAAGUUCGAGCACAUACAAUAACAACGAUAACACCACCUCAUCGUGUUACAUUUGAAAAGCCAAUAUCAAAUUUACUUAGAGAUAAACGACCACGUCCAAUGUUUGUUCGUAUGGUAUCUGAUGCAAAAUUAUAUUAUCCAAAAAGAACUACGUCUCAAUUAUCGCGUCAAUCAUCAUUAAUAACACCACGUGCACGAAAGCGUAUACAAAGUGAUUCUGGUCAUCAUACAACACGUUCAUCAAGUGAAAAAUAUUUAUCACGUACAGUAAGUAUUCUAGAAACAGUUAAUUCUGAUGAAGGAGAACUUGAUGAUAAACAAUAA